UAACAGGGAAAUGCAGCAGAGAACUUUGUUAGAGGUAAGGUACAAGAAACGUUUUUUCUUUCAAAAUUUCAAAUAGACAUUCUUUUAAAUGAAAGACUCAGAUUGUAUGGUUUUAUUUAUCGCUGCUCAGUUCAGGACACGAGUGACCAGGUCCUGAUAUCAUCCCAAGCCAGACAUGUUUUUAAAGCUGCUGUCCAGGUUGAUUGCUGUCGCUAUUAUUGCGGGACUGUCUAUCGCUCAAGUUGAACACUACUGGGGAAGUAACAAAGAAUACAAUGCAGCGUGUCCUCCAGGAGUUCUAUUUGUGGCAGUCGGUUUCCCAGCUCAUUUGUGUAACCCAAGAGGCUUUAUCAUGUGUUCUAAUGGUAAAGCGAUAGCCGUGAGUAAGUGUGGUAUUGGUGAAACAUUCAAUAACGUCACUGGCUGGUGUGACCCAACAACCGACUUCAGUCUGCCGGCUGGAUGUGUCAACGCCACCGCAGUGAAAAAAUAUCCAGUUAAAUGCAGUGACCCAGGAGCAACGUACGUAGCUGCCAGAAAUACCUGCAAAAAGUAUGUUUGGUGUUUACAAGGGGGAGUGAACUAUACAAUGGAUUGUCCAAGCAUGUCUCUCUUCAUCAAAGAAUAUGAACGAUGCAUGUACGUGGUCGAGCCAUACCUCAUAGAGAUCCCACCUCAAAGUUUUGCUGAAUGUCAGGCGUUAGAUCCCAUUGAUUUCAACAAGACACGAACUUAAAUGUUGGAAUUAAACUAUUUUAUAUGCUAUUACAUUUGAUAAGUGGUAAA